AAUAUAUAUCAACCAGACGCUGAUUAAUCUCAAUAAUAUAUAUCUUGAUAUGUUAUGUUGUUAAACUGUUAAUAUGUCACGUAAGUUCAAAUAAGAAUAUUUAACACCGUCUAAAAAUAAUCUAAAUGAUUAUAUUAUGUUUUUUUUUUAACUAUAUCGAUUAGUUAUUAUUUUAAUAGUAUUUCUUUCUACUUUGUUGCAGGAAUACCCUGCGUUUGAGAUUCAACCCUCCCCAUAUAAUUAAAAAAAACAGAAAAAGCAUAUAUAAUUAUAUAACAUUUCCCACACACUCUCACCCUAUAUAUACACAAGUCAUAAUGCAAAUAUUAAGACGGCCUCCCACAUCUACAAUAAUUAGACGCAGGCUCCUAUGUAUUACUAGUUGUGACCCUAGCUACUACUGUUGUUGUCGACGAUCAUCAAUCGGAGUGCGAUUAUUUACUAUUAAUGCGUGAAAAUGAGUUGCAAUGGAUGCCGAGUCCUAAGAAAGGGUUGCAGUGACAAUUGCAUGCUCAGGCAAUGCCUACAAUGGAUACAGGACCCCCAAGCUCAAGCCCACGCCACCGUUUUCGUUGCCAAGUUCUUUGGCCGCGCCGGCCUCUUCUCCUUCAUCAACGCCGUCUCCGAAUCCCAACGACCCGCUUUAUUUCAGUCGUUGUUUUUUGAGGCGGUGGGGCGGACUAUAAAUCCGGUGAAUGGAGCGACGGGGCUUCUUUUGAGUGGGAAGUGGGAGGUGUGCCAGGCGGCCGUGGAGACGGUGCUACGCGGCGGCACGUUGGAGCCACUUCCCGAGUACACUCGUGACGACCACCAAAAUUGCGUUCAUGAUCAUCAUAUUCGACUACAACGGCAGUCCCCCAAGAAGAAGAGGUCUAGCAAUUUGGCUUUCGAUGAUACUGAUGAUCAUGACGUGGCGAACUGCCAGCUGCCUGAUCUUGAUCUUUGCUUGACGGCUGCGGGUGGGUUGACGUCGAGGACCAACCGCGGAGAUUGUAGGGCGGGGACGCCGUCCUCGGCGGAAGAGUCCGAAACGACGACGUUAGGAAGCAGUUCGUCGUCAGCAGAUCAUUGUUGUGGUAAUAAUUUGAAGGGAACGACAAAGCUUCUGAGGUUAUUCAUUUGAUCAUGCAUACGUGGUCAAGAAUAUAUAUUUUUGUUUCUUCCUUCUUGUUGUAAUUGCCGAGUAAAUAAUAUGGGGGGAUUAAUAUUCGGCUGUUUAAGCAUAAAAAAAAAGCAUCCUCUUGUAAUUUUGCUUCGAUUUUUGACCUUUUACCAUAAAGUUAAUUAAAGAAAUUUAAAAAAAAA